AUGAAGCUCCACUGCCUGCUUUUGGCGGUAGUCCUGAUUAGUGCCGUGAACUACAGCGGCAGUACUACCAGCACCGAGGCCUACCCCGUUACCGUCAUUAGCACUCAGUCCUCCUUCUCCGGUGCCAUCACCAGCACCGAGGGCUCCACCUCCGAAACCAUCACCAGCACGAAGUCCGACACCGUCUCGUCCACCAAGUCCAGCUCUUCGUCCUCCUCCAAGAAGUCAUCCGCCGGCAAGCGGAAGGCUCGAGCCCGCAGACGACGCUCUGCCGCUAGGAAGAGUUGUGCUACCGCCAAGCACUAA